AUGUCGGAUAUCAAUGAUAAUAUUUCGCCAAAUGAAUCUUAUGAACAAGAAUUUUCAGCCUCUAAAACAAAUACUGUCUCAAUUCCUAUACAAUAUGAUUAUUCUACUUCAUUCGCAUCAUUCUCAUCAAUACUCAAAGACCAAUUACCUUCCACCACUUCUGUAGUUAGCAAUUGGGCACCUUCGUCUUUUGGUUCUAUAACUACUAUCGAUCAAUAUUUUAUUAAUUCUAGAAAAUCUUCAAGUUUAAAUUGGCUCGGUAUGGCCAGCAGUAGUAGUAUUUAUUCACCGGAUCCAGUUGUUCAAGCUUGUGUAGACUUGGAAACAUUUAUUCGUCAAUUAUAUAAUGAUUCUUCUCUCGGAUUGUUUCAUAUGAGUGAACAUAUUCGCAAAAGAGUACCACAAAUUGUGGACGAAAAGAAAGGAUUGAUUGGUUUAACCAAAGAGGUUGAAAUUACUAUAGAAGACAUGAAAGAUUCUUGUGAAACAGUAGAAUCUAUGCCAAAAAUUCCUUGCUUUAAUAAUAUUAAUGAAAUGCUAAAGAGCACGUUAGCAAUUGUUGAAGCUGUUAAAAUUAAAGAAAAAAAAACAUAA